AUGUCAGUGUUGACUUUGCAGGAAUACGAAUUUGAGAAGCAGUUCAACGAGAAUGAAGCGAUUCAAUGGAUGCAAGAAAACUGUAUGAUUAUGUUUAAGAAUGUAAUGACCAUGCACAGAAGUCCUGAUUUAAUGUCCAGAACAUGGUUACAGUUAAGGAAAAAAUCUUUCCUGUUUUCUGCUUUAUAUGCUGCCUUUAUAUUCGGUGGUCGGCAUCUAAUGAACAAAAGAGCAAAAUUUGAACUAAGAAAACCAUUAGUUUUGUGGUCUUUGAGUCUCGCAGUUUUCAGUAUAUUUGGUGCUGUUCGAACGGGUGCUUAUAUGGUGUAUAUAUUGAUGACCAAAGGACUGAAGCAAUCAGUUUGCGACCAGAGUUUUUACAAUGGACCAGUCAGCAAAUUCUGGGCAUACGCAUUUGUGCUAAGUAAAGCACCAGAAUUAGGAGAUACAAUAUUUAUUAUUCUUAGGAAACAGAAGCUCAUCUUCCUCCAUUGGUAUCACCAUAUUACAGUACUGCUUUAUUCUUGGUACUCUUACAAGGACAUGGUGGCUGGUGGUGGCUGGUUUAUGACCAUGAACUAUGGAGUACAUGCAGUCAUGUACACAUAUUAUGCCUUGCGGGCUGCGGGCUUCAGAGUAUCACGCAAAUUUGCCAUGUUUAUCACCUUGUCACAGAUUACACAGAUGUUUGUUGGCUGCAUAGUCAACUACCUAGUUUUCGCCUGGAUGCAACAAGGCCAAUGCCACUCCCAUGUUUACAACGUUGUUUGGUGUUCCCUCAUGUACCUCAGCUACUUUGUGCUCUUCUGUCAUUUCUUCUUUGAGGCAUACAUUGGCAGAACAAGGAAAGGAAGGAAGGCUGAGUAACGCUAGGAAUUCUGCUAAGCCACCACUCAGCCCAUCGACCAAACCAGAAACACAAAAGCAAAACAAAAUGGCACAACAAAAACCAUUUAUAUGCGGUGCAAGUAAAACUCAGCAGCUGUGGACAGAUAGGUUUGUUCAAACCAAUACAUUUGUGAUCAUGUUAUGGUGUGGACUCAAGGAAUGAUCUUGCAUCCUAGAAGGCUGCUGUAAGACAUCUUCUUUCUUGCAUCUCUUAUAAAGCAAUCUUGCAUUUAGAAAACAAAAGGAG